AUUAUAAAAAAUCAAAUGGAUUUAUUUACAAUAAAUUCAAAAUUGGAAAAUAAUCAAUAUACAAGUACAAAAGAAUUUGAAAAUGAUAUUCGUCUCAUAUUUCGCAAUUGUUAUACAUAUAAUGAUAUGGGAAGUGAAAUAUAUUGUCUGGGAGAAGAAUUAGAAUCAGCUUUUAAUAGAAUAUGGACUGAAAAAAUAAUUUUUCAUAUUAAACAAAAGGAAAAAUUAAAAAGAGCAAGAGAUACUAAUGAUGCUGAUUCAUCUUCUGGUAAGUUAUAUAUUAUUUUUCUUACUUUUAUGCAUUAUUUAUAUUAA